UCUGAGCUACAACUAGCGAACAGACAACAAGCCUGGGUUUCUCUGCUCUCCAAUCCAUUAUUCAGAGAGAUAAAAAGAAGGUGAAAUGGAGGGAGUGGGGUCGAGACUAGGACGAACCUCGUCGAGGUACGGACCAGCCGCGACGGUGUUCAACGGGCCGGUCAGGAGGUGGAAGAAGAAGUGGGUCCACGUGUCUUCAUCCUCUUCGUCAUCCACUGUCAACUAUGAUUCCUCCCAAUCCAACGGCCACAACAACGCCUCAACCCGACUCCUUCUCUGCAGGUGGACUCCCCUUUCUUCCUCCUCGGUAGCCAACGAUAGCGGCUCCGUUGCAGCCGAGGAGCCUCCUAGGCGCCGGUUCAGAUAUACUCCUAUUGCUGUGAUUGAAGAAAGGAAAAGGGCAGUUAGAAAGGAAGUGGAAGAUGAAGCUAAGACAAACGAGACGAACCCGUUUGCUUCUCCGUCAUCAUCAAAGCAUGAUGAGUCAAAAGAUAGAAAAGAUUUGAAGGAAGAAACCCAGGUGAUUUCUGUUUUUUCUUUCUUUGGUCAUUUGUAUUCUUUCUAUUUGUCUUUAGAAGUGAAAAUGAUUCUUAAGAUACACCCAAAAUGUCAAUAAUCAGCUGCAGUAACUUGCGCCGUUAAUGAUUAUGACAUAUUCACCUCAGAAAACCGAGGUUUCAGAAUUCUUGUGCAGGACAUCCCAUUUGCCUUGUGCACAAAUAGAUACAGACAUCGUGGAGAAAACCUAGCAUUUCAACAUGUGCAAAUUAGUUCAGCUGUUAUGGCUGUGCAUCUAGGUGGUUGUUUAAUGAUUUUUGUAUUUGGUUUUGCAAAACAUUUUUUGGGGUUUGUGUAAGUAAUCAUGAUCGAUUGGAGUGGAGAAUUACUCUCAUUAAACUUGUUUACACAAUCAUCACUUGUAACUGUUUCGGAUGUAUGAACUUCAUGGGUCCUUUGUGGAAUUCAUUUGUUCCAAGCAUAAUAACUCAUUUAAUCUGUGGAUUUUGGAACUCCAAAAUCUGUAGUUCACACCCUCUGUUGGAUAGGGUUGCAUGGGCCAUUUUACAUGAGAAGAAGGAGGAAGUUUUUGAGAGUUUUAUACUCGCCUGAUGGUGUUAGUGAUUUCGUAAGUUUGGGCCAUAGAAUAAUACAACCAACAGUGAUGGUUUGGAGACUCAAAGUUAUCUGAUUAUGGUUAAGGUUGUUCUACUUUAUUGCACCCUUUUCUCAUGACUUGAUAUGAUGCCACUUAGCUUUAAGUUGAUGACAGCUGCUAGGUUGAGGUCCAGAUUGUUUCUUUUGGUGGUGUCUGCUAGAAAAUAAUUUUUUGCUUUCUACAUCUUCACUCCUCGGUAUAUCCAUCCAUUUGGUGGAAUAACUUCAUAGUUGCACUGUUGACUUUUGGAGGGCGAAUUCCAUGACUUUUGAAUAAUGAUUUUGUAAUUGCACUACCUCUCUAAAGUCAAGUCUGGUCAUGGUUAGGAGUGUUACAUGUUGUUUUCUUUUCUUUUCCGCAACGAAAAUUGUGCGAGUUGGUUAUAUUCCUUGGAGUUUUUUUAUGAGAAAGUUAAAGAAAAUUAACAGAAAGUGUUUUUACCAUUCUACCUGUUAAUAUCCAGCAUAUUCUAGAGGAAGUCAAACAAAAAGACCAUGUUAGUUUAUUAGAGUUCCACCAUUGGAGUUUGUUCUGUUUUGAAGUAAAUAACAGAAAGGCCGCUAAGUUUAUAAGAACUUUGCUUGGCGCUUAGUAUCCAACUGCCUCUUUCUGGUCCUUCUGCCUUUUUGCUUUUCCCAAUGAAUUU